AUGCAGAGAGGUUUGGAUUCACAAACUAAAAAACAGCUAGAAGAGGAAGAAAAGAAGAUAAUUAGUGAAGAACACUGGUAUCUUGAUUUACCAGAUCUAAGGGAGAAAGAGAGCUUUAUAAUAGAAGAGAGGAGCUUUAUGCCAUGUGAGGAUCUACUUUAUGGCAGAAUGUCCUUCAAAGGAUUCAACCCAGAAGUUGAGAAGUUAAUGAUCCAAAUGAACUCUCAGGGCAAGGAAGAAGAAAUUGAAGUGGAUGAUAAAAUGGAGGCUGAUGUGUCAGAUGAAGAAAUGGCCAGAAGAUAUGAGACAUUAGUGGGAACAAUAGGGAAGAAGUUCUUGAGAAAAAGAGACCAGCGUGUACUCCAAGAUGAAGAUGAAGAUGGGAAUACUAACACAAGACCUAGUAAAAAAGCUAAGAAAAAGUUCUUAAAACCUCAGGAUUAA